UAUUCCAUGUUUCUAAACAUGGCAGGUCGCAGUGGUUUUGACGAUGGUAAUCUAAGGGACUAUGGAGGCGGCAGGAGAACAGUGGGAGGACGCCCGCUCCCGUCUGAGCCCCCUUACAAGGCUUAUGUUGGAAAUCUACCCUCGGGUAUUAUACAGGGUGAUAUGAACAGAAUCUUUCCGGACCUGGCUAUUAAAAAUGUGCGGCUGGUUAUGGAUAAAGAAACCGAUAAAUUCAAAGGCUUUUGCUAUGUAGAAUUUGAAUAUUUAGAAGAUUUGAUCAAGGCUAUCGAAAUGAACGGAUCUCUCAGCGUGGAUGGUAAAUUUGUCAAAAUUGAUGUGGCUGAAGACAAAAGAAGCGACAGAGGGGGUGGUUUCGACCGCGGGCGGCGCGACGGGGGUCGCGACGGACCCCGAGAGGGACGCGACGGGCGCGGGGGCGGCGGGGGCUUCCGGCGGGAGGGGAGGGAGCGCGAGCGGGGCGGCGGGGCGGGCGGCGAGCGCUGGGGCGGCGGGGCGGGCGGCGAGCGCUGGGGCGAGCGCGCGCGCGGCGCCAGCGAGGAGGCGCGCGGCGAGUGGGGCCGCGCCGGCCGCGCGCCGCCGCGCCGCGACGAGCUGCCGGCCGCGCGCCCCGAUACAUCUGGCCGACCAAAGCUUGUCCUGGAGCCAAGGACGGUCAAGGAGCCCGUGAACGCAUUAGCCUCGACCAGCCAGGCCUCUUCAAUAUUCGGUGGAGCAAGACCGCGGGAGGAAAGACUCAAAGAGCUAGCUGGAGAAUAAAUGAUACCUCCUCCCAAUCUCCCUUCCCGUGUGUAUAUGUAUUACCAAGUCGCCCGACACACCGUUCCUUAUAUUACACUACCCUCCCGAAAUGCAGAAUUAUUGUAAAUGAACCGAUAACGUUUUUUUGUUAGGUUGUGAGGUUGUAAAUCAUUUUUAUCGUAUAUUUUGUUAGCUUUAUUGAGUAUCGCUUGUUGCGACGCUUCGUUCAAGCGGUGUGGCGCAACCGUUCGGUUUACGCUUUAAAAUUGCUAGUUUUCGUUAAAGGUUUUACUCAUUUUCCAGGUCUAUGUGUAUAAUGAAUUUAGUUUGCUUAAUUAUUACUAAAUUCAUCUCUUUAAGUAAACUAUUAUGUGUCUUUUGUUUGUAAUGUUAUUCACUUCGAUGGUUUAAUCAUUUAAUUUUUUUUUUUAUAUUUUGGCAAUAUGAGAUUUAAAAUAAUUCUCUGUUGUGAUCAGAUUGUCUUUUUAUUAUUGUUUAAUUUGUUAAGUCUUGAAAAUUAAUCAUUGAAUGAGUAAUAAUGGUUCAUAAUAUAAGCGAUGUAAUUAUGGUAUCAAUAAUAAAAUUAACUUCCACGUUAAUGGAUUUCUACUUUAUUAGAUAUUGUGUAAUGUCAUAAACUACGUGACAGACAAAAAAAUCGAAAAAUUGUAAUUAAACAUAGAAAAUUAAUAAAAAAUAAUUUCUUUGUAA